AGAGAAAACUAUUUUAUGCUUACGAUCUACAUAUACAUUUUAUAUGUAUAUGUAUAAAAAGAAAACUAUUUUAUGCUUACGGUCUAGACAUUUUAUAUGUAUAUAUAUAUAUAUAAAGAGAGAAAAAAAAGAAAACUAUUUUAGGCUUACGGUCUAGACAGGAUUUCUCGCUUCCGCGUCCCGUAAUUUUUGGAACAAGGCUGUGUACUCGUGACGCGGCCUGUUACACGGAAAAUAAAAUUUUCGCUGCCGUAGCUAAUCAUGGUUUGCUAAAAUCAUAUUUGCUACCGCAACUAUACAUUUUUAAACCACAGCAAAACGGUUUGCUGUCGUACCUAAUGCAUAAGUAAACCAGCAAAAUAUGCAUGUCUAUAAGAAUCACAUCAUGUAGCAAUAUAAAAAUAGCUAUCGUAACUAAUCGAUGUGCUACCAGCUACACAAACAUUUUGCUAAGCGACGUACUUUAUUAAGAUGGCUCCUGUUCUCAAGUGGACAGUAAUACGGCCGGAAUCUAUCGCGGGGACGCAGCCACGUACGAUUGGCGCGAACAGCAGUGAGUGAAAAUAGUGAAAUAAUAAGACUGCGUUCGGUUUGGGCGCUCGCACGCUAGAGAGAGAGCGAUGCUUCCAGCGCGUGAGCGCCCAAACCGAACGCAGCCUGAGUGAGUGAGUGAGACAGACAUAAAACAAAAGGUGAUCUCUACGACAUCUACUGUUUUCAACGGGCACGCGUCGUCCGCAUGUAUUCUCGUCUACUGUUUGCAACGGGCACACGUCGUCCGCAUUUCGUGUGCCGGGUGCCGGGUGCCGGGUGCCGGUAUCGCCAUUCUUGCUCGUGUCUAAUCUUGCUCGUGUGUAAUCUCGCUCGUGUUGUAAUCUCGCUCGUGUUGUGAUCUUGCUCAUCUCCUAUAAGUUUGACUUGUUCAAGAAUUGAGAAAUGGCUACAAGUAGUGCAAUACAUCUCCUGACUGCUUGGGGACUUAACCAAGAAGUAAUACGCAAUUUCUUAGAUCAAGAAAUAGAAGUCGAUCAAUUAAAUGAUUUGACAGAAGAAGAUCUUAAGAUUUUGAUACCUAACAUUGGACCUCGACGAAAAUUCCAAAACAACUUAAGAAAGUAUUUAGAUAAGAUUACACCAAAAUCCGUUGAAAAUAUUGAUUCAAAUAAUCAACUGCUACAAACCAUACAGCAAGAAGAUUUAAGUAUUACAAACUCAUCGAUAAAAAGACGAAGAACUGAUAUUGAGGCACAAUCUUCAUCACCAAAGCAAUAUUACGAUGUAGACAAUAAUGUUACGAAUAUUUUAGAAGAUUUCAUUCCAACUUCUCCAUCUGAAUCUCUAUCUACAUCUGCAGCGAGUACAGAAUUUAAUGUUACAGUGUUACCAAAUAAGUGCAAUGUUACUAUAUCUGCAGAAACAGAGCAACAUGCAACAACUGAUAAUGAAUAUAAUCUGGAAUCUAUAUUGAAUAAAUCUGAGGACGGACAGCUUGUGCUUAGCGUAUAUAAAAGUCAAGGAAAAUUAAAUAACGACUUAC